AUGUCUGAAUCCUCUCACCUUUUCCGUUCUUUCACCCACAGGCGCGCCAAGAAGUCUGGCGACAAUGCCCCGGGCAUGCCGUCGCGCAGCUUUAGCACCAAGAAGUCUUCUGGCAGUGGCAACCGCGUCCAGAUCUCCGCUCCCAUGACGCUGCUCUCCACCACCAACAUGCUCUCCUACAAUGCACCGGACAUCGGAAAGAUUACUCCUAACGUUCCUCCUGCCAUGCAACACCGGUACCCUUCCUCGGAAUCCACUACUCCAGGGUCCACCCGCUCGGCUGAAGAAUCGGAUCGCAGCUCGACUGGCUCCAGGGGUGUCUCCACGGACGCUUCCUCUCUCGAUUCCGUGCCUACUUCGCCCGAAGGCAACCACUUGACUGGGUUCUUCGACGCUGCGCAGAAAGCCCAGAAGGAGAGGGUUCAGCUACACAUGUCUUCUUCUUCCUCGGGUUCACACCGCACACAAUCGUCGACGUCUUCGAGGAUGAACCACAGCAGCAAGUCUUCGUUUGACACCCACAGAUCUUCGGAAUCCUCGACUUCCCCGGCUAUUCCUCAGCGUGCCCGGUCUCACAGCAAGGAGGCGCAUGAACUCAUGGCGCGCAAACGGUCGAUCCGCAACAUGGGACCACCCAGCACCCUUCACAGCCGCAGCCCGUCCACGAACGAGCAGCGCGCGUCGGUCGACAUGUUCAGGAGCCACGUCGAUUCAGCCCAUCCGUUUGGCAAGGAGCUGGAGCAGCUUAACGAGGUCGUCGAGGAGCUCGGCGGCGUCAUCCGCGACGUAGUUUUGGAUGAAGACACAAGACACAUGCAGGAGAAGGGCUUGGUGAAGUUCUGCGUGUCGGAUUAUUUGGCGGAAAUCGAUUCCGACGAGGAGAAUGAGUACGAGAAGCACCAAUUCGCGUCGGCGGCCCCGCCCGCGGGGAUGACGUGGAUUUAA